UAUACCCAAAGCCAGCAAGCCCAAGUAGCGAUCACCGGCUCCUGCUUGAAGCUGAAGUGUGAUACACUGCGCGUUGGGCACAAUUGAUGUAGGCAACCCCAUCACUCUUGAUCAACCGCAUAGAGAGCCAAGGACUAGAGAACAUGAUUACUCGAGCUGGGAAAUAAAUCUAUAAAUACGGCCUCGAUUCCUUGCCCAACCCUUCAGCAACCAUAGUCAUUUUGCAACACCUACUGUGACAGAUAAACCGCCGAAACCACAUAUCAUCCAACAUGGGCUCGACCUCCGCAUUUAACAAUGACCGCAUCCGAGACCAUGAUGACAAGGUAUUGCUGGCGCGCAUUACGGAGUACUUCGAAGCGUUCGCCCAAGCCGAUGCUGAAAAAAUGAACAGCAUGGUAGCUGAAGGUUAUCACAUGUCCGAUAUCCCCCUCGGUAUUGUUAGGUCACCGAAACACACUUGGUUCGAACAGAACAAGGGAUUUGGCGGUCUUAUGACGAAAAUCUCAGUCGAGGCCAUUACGCUCAAUGGCAGCUCCGAGCCCGGUUCGUUUGCGGUCUUGGAAAACGUCGUAAGGUUCACAUUGAAGAUUGAUCCUCCCGAGGCAGCCAAGCCGAAUCUUCCUCCUGGAAUCAAGAAGGGCGAAUCCUCGGGUAUGAUCAUGCUAUCUACUAUAUGGUGGGAUAGUGAUGGGAAAGUCGCCCGCGAACUUGAGUACGGAAGGCUGUUGUGGGACGGCUUUGAUAUUAAUGCUUUCAACACGUGGUGAGAGGGGGACAAGCAUGCAGACUUCAUGAUGGACUCUGAGAAGUCAUUCGAAUACAUAUAUGCCAUUGGGGGAUCUAUACUAGUAUUAAACACUAGCCCAGUCAUUACAUUAGUCACAGAGCCGUGGGAACUACCCACUGUCGUAUGUUAUUGUCAUUUGAUUUAGUGGUUUUGUCCUUUGUUCCUACACCUUAUUUCACUGGCCGUUUGAUGGCUUCCUCAUCUGUUGCGUAUCACGAAAAUAUCAUGUGCAUUUAAGAUGAGGAGCUGCAUUAAGUGUGUGACAAGGGCAGCAUAACCGGCCGCAUUCUGCAUAUGAUGCAUCGCUCAGUGAUGACGGC